GGGGCAGCUCCCGGCUUCGCAGAGGGUACAGAUACACCACGUCGGGCCGCCACCCAGGAGCUACGACGAUGGCACCCGUGGGAGGCAAAAGAGCCAAGAGGGGCAUUCUAGAACGCUUAAAUGCUGGCGAGGUUGUAAUUGGAGAUGGAGGCUUUGUCUUCGCUCUGGAGAAGAGAGGCUACGUGAAGGCAGGCCCCUGGACCCCAGAAGCAGCUGUAGAGCACCCGGAGGCAGUCCGCCAGCUUCAUCGAGAGUUCCUCCGAGCUGGAUCAAAUGUCAUGCAGACCUUCACCUUUUAUGCUAGUGAAGACAAGCUGGAGAACAGGGGAAACUACGUUGCAGAGAAAAUAUCUGGACAGAAAGUCAAUGAAGCAGCUUGUGAUAUUGCCCGGCAAGUGGCUGACGAAGGAGACGCUCUGGUGGCCGGAGGUGUGAGUCAGACACCAUCCUACCUCAGCUGCAAGAGUGAGACAGAAGUUAAGAAAAUAUUCCAGCAGCAGUUGGAGGUCUUUAUGAAGAAGAACGUGGACUUCCUGAUCGCCGAGUAUUUUGAACACGUGGAGGAAGCUGUGUGGGCAGUCGAGGCACUGAAAGGAUCUGGGAAGCCAAUAGCGGCUACCAUGUGCAUAGGGCCCGAGGGAGAUCUGCAUGGAGUCAGCCCCGGCGAGUGUGCAGUGCGGCUGGUUAAAGCAGGAGCUUCCAUCGUUGGUGUGAACUGCCACUUUGACCCCACCAUCAGUUUACAAACAGUGAAACUCAUGAAAGAAGGCUUGGAGGCUGCCCGAUUGAAAGCCCACCUGAUGGCCCAGCCCUUGGCCUACCACACUCCUGACUGCGGCAAGCAGGGAUUUAUUGAUCUCCCAGAAUUCCCCUUUGGACUUGAACCCAGAGUGGCAACCAGGUGGGAUAUUCAAAAGUACGCCAGAGAGGCCUACAAGCUGGGGGUCAGGUUCAUUGGCGGUUGCUGUGGAUUUGAGCCCUACCACAUCAGAGCCAUCGCAGAGGAGCUGGCCCCAGAAAGGGGAUUUCUGCCCCCAGCUUCAGAAAAACACGGCAGCUGGGGAAGUGGUUUGGACAUGCACACCAAACCCUGGAUUAGAGCGAGGGCCAGGAGGCAAUACUGGGAGAACCUCCAGAUAGCGUCCGGUCGGCCUUACAACCCGUCAAUGUCGAAGCCUGACGCCUGGGGAGUGACCAAAGGGACCACCGAGCUGAUGCAGCAGAAAGAAGCCACCACCGACCAGCAGCUGAAGGAGCUCUUUGAGAAACAGAAAUUCAAGUCUGCGCAGUAGCCUCAUGGGGGGGAGCUGUUGGUGGUGAAUUCCUCUGUGUGGGCCACCAGUCCCUGAGAAUCAGGAAAAGAGGCUUAAAAAGCAAUCCAUGCAUAGAUGCCAGACUACACACUAAAUUGGUCUUAGAGGAAGGAAAUAGAAGUGCCAGUAGUACUUGAUGAUAGAUUUUAAAGGAAUGCUUCAGAAGUCUACCAGGAAGUCAGUCUGACAUAGGUUCCCCUAGCAAUCGCCACAUCCACGGCAGGAUGAAGACCACGUGGCCAGGCAGGGGCAUUCAGGCGUUAGCCCUGCGUGGAGAAGUUCCCGGGCUUAUAAAGAAGAUGAGGCCUGAAUUGUGUCAUAAACGACUUGGCAGCCAGGGGGACAGAUAACGUGCUGUAGAAAAGUGGCGUCCAAACGCAUGAACAACAACGCACACACACACGAUUUCCCUAAUGACCCAGGGAGACACAUAGCGUGCAGAUGAGAAUGUGUGAUCCACUUGGGACAUGGCUGUUCCUUUCUGUUCUCUACUUCAUUGAUUAAAAAACAAUGCUGGUUGAGCCCUUUCAAAAUGA